AUGGAAAUCGGGUCGGAGCCUAUCCAGCACUUUGCCGCUGGAUCAGUUUCCGCAGAGGUUCUAGAAGCUGGUAUACUCCUCUGCAACGACAAACGCUUCCCGACUCACAAACACAAGUCGCGCAGAGCAAUCCGCAACAUCCAGGCGAAUUUCUUCAACCAGAGAUACUAUAUCGUCCGGGACGACAAUGUGCAUGGAUUGAAGGUGAACGCGAGCCGAACA